CUCCGCUCCCGCCUGUUUGUUGAAACCCGCGAGUCGAACCCGAAUAUGCCUCAGGAAGAAGGGGACGAGCAGCCCGAGCUGCUAGAAAAGCUGACCCUUCUCAAAUGGAUCUUCGAGACGCGUGAGGUGCUCCACCGCGCCGUGUACGACCUGCUCUCGGAGCGCAACGACCGGUACCGCGAGAUGGUCAUCACGCCCUACCGGCUUGCUGGCAACGAGGAGAAGUUGGCACAUGCAUCCGCAUUCUUCGCCGAGGAUGCUGAAAAGCGGGCCCUCGCAUUCGCGAACGAGGUCCUUGGGAGGACACGCGAGUUCUGUGCUGUAGUGGAGGAGAAUGUCGUGCGCGGUGUCGAGGUGCAGCUGUCUGCGUUCUGGGAUAUUGCACCACCGCUCUGCGGGCUUCUUGAUGGCGUCCCAGUGGGGUCCAACCCGUCCUCGGACGACGGUGGCUCUGGCAGUGGCGGUAGCAGCCAGACUGCCAGAGGGAGGAGGCGGUCUCUAGCCGACUUCCGCAUCCAGAUCCCGCAGUCCGAGGUCGUGGAGAACCCUUCCUACAUCGAUCACCCGCUGCAGUACUUCUACAGCCUCCUUCUGCACGCAGAGAAGAGCACAUACCAGUUUAUCGAGUCCCAGACAAACCUGUUUUGCCUCCUCCACGAGGUCAACGAGGCUGUGCUCGUGGCACGCGCCCGGGUCAUGGAGGAAGAACGCGGCGGGAGCAAAGACGACGUAGAAAGCUUCAAGAAGGAAGAGAGCCAGCGGCUGACGGAUGACCUGAAGGAGAAGGUCCGUGUCGUCCAGGAGCAGUGGCGGAGCGCCCUGGGGGAGAGGGUCGGGCACGUUAAGGAGAGAGUCGGCGAGUGGUUGCUCGAGACGGGCGGGUGGGAUGAAAGCCUUGAGGAUAGGGGCGUCGGGUCGCUGUGAGACACAGGCACUUCUUUUUUUCUUCUUUUCUUUAUCUUUUUCCUCUUUUUCCCCCCUUAUUUUUUUUUUCUUUCUUUUUUCGGUGUCGCCUGUUAUCCAACGACCUGAUGUUCCCGAGGGCAUUAUAAGAGUUGCUCACGCAAGAGAAUUAUACCCAUUGGUGAGUGAUGUUUCGCUAUGUGGUCAUGAGGCAUGAGAUGAUUAUUGGGCUAUGACUGGCUUCGCUUCUUCAAAAGUAAAUAUUUCAAACACCCCGCGAGGAGCGGGCUUUUUCCCCAUAAUAAUCAUAGACCUUCUUAAUGUCCGUUUUGGUAAAGCAGAAAGACGUGAUAGCGGUAACGUGCGAUGUUUCCUC